AUGGAUCGCCACCAUCGCUCUAUUGAUCGUGACGACUGCCUCAUAACUAACGAUACUCGCGAUCGCCGCCGAAGAGAAUCUGCAACAACUUCGAGAAUUAGGGGGGAUCAUCAGGCUAAGGAGGGGGAUCAAUUAAUGUCUAAGCCCGAUCGCUUUCGCGGAAAGCUUCCUCAAGAACCCUUAGCAGGUCAGCUCAGCGGGGACAAUGAUUACGUUCGGAGAUGGCUUGUACAAACAGACGAGGAAGCCAGUCAGCAAAGAUCAGACUCCCAUGUAGCACAGCAGAAGACGGCAAGUCACGUCGAGCCCGAGACGCACGUGAGGAUUGGCCUUUGCGAACCCAAGGAAAGUUUUACAGACAUGCAGUCUCGGAGGAAAAGAAAGCACCACACGUCUUCCGAUAGCUCCUUGCUCGAAGUACCUGUUAGGCAGAGACCGCAGCCACCAAGAAGAUCAGAUCUUAAGACAGAACCUCCUGCAGAGGGAGAAGAGUCCGAUCGCCCUAGAAAGAAACCCAAGACAGUCGUGUCCGUAGCGGGAACAUCUACUUCCUCCUCUGCCUCGCCAACCCCAAAGCAAGAGACUUUUGAGAAGAGAGCACGCCACAAAACGCGGGAGGAUCGAUAUGAACCCAAAAAGAAGGUGAAAAAACGGUCAAAAGAUGGAGAGGAGAGGAUUCCCAGGAAGAAAAGGGAGAAGAAGGGCGAUCGAAAGAAAGCUGCAAAGAAAGCGGGAGAAGACUUGAUGAGAAAUUUCUCAUCGAAAAGCAUCGGUCAGGAACGUCUAACGAUCCGCCCAUCUCGAGGACUCGGCCUUUUCAAAAAUGGCAGGGCAUCUUCUCCUGCCCAGCGCCGAGGUAUACCUGAUUUGGCAUUUUCUGAGAUGGAUUUCCUUCAACGUUCGGGCAGGCAUGUAUCCGUGAAGGAGGACAAGGCCAUCUCAAAGUCCAGGGAGAAAGAGAAACGAAAAGCUGCAAGGGCGCAGGACGAGAUCUCGAUGUUUUUCAAAUCGAACAAGAUGCCAUUGCAACCCACGUCAUUGAAUAAAGGAAGUGUAGCAUCAUCAACACAUGCGAAAGACCGCCGCUCAGCUGCCAGUGAUCAACUGGACCCCGAUCAUCUCGCACGCCACCACGAACGUUCUCAGUCCUUCGACUCUCCUCAGAAGCCUAGUCUCGACUUUACAAGAACAAAGCCAACAUCAGAUAUCCUUUCUGCUUCUGUUGGACGUAAUCCUGUUAUCAACCGCCUCGAGUAUGGUCCUCAUUCCACUAGCAAAAUUUCCGAAGGAGCAUCGACCAAUAUCUCCUGGUCCGAGACACAGGUUUCACGAGAGGCAAACCCCGCGAAAUUGAGCAAAAUCCAUCGAAUAAGAGCCAGUUCAACCCCCGAGUCAAUCCGAAGAUCGCUUGAAAAAACUGGUAUCUUUCGAGAUACAGGAAUAAGCAUGUCCGCUCGCCGGACUGCAGCAUCCCCCCACAUUUAUGGCAGGUCAUCCAAACGAGGCCAGACGAGGUCAACGGGAAAUCCAGCGAGAAGUACAAGUACGCCAGAAAGUGGUGGAAGAGUCGCCUCCCCAGCUCGACUUGGAAAUCAUGAGUUGACUUCAUCACAUGCAGUCCAUCGGCGAGAUCCAGGAGAGGGGUUUCAUACAUCGCACGCGAAAGAUGACAUUGCACAAACAGGAGGAGGGGAAAUGAUACGUGAAAGGAUCGUUAUCGAGCAUUUUGAUCCAAACUUAGGAUGGUAUGAAAGGCAAAGAUCUGGAGAGUGUGGUCAGGAAAUUGCUACCACAGCAACGAAAGGAGGAGUCCCUGAGCAGCCAAAAAGUGCUCCCAUCGACCGCCUGCAACGCGCAAAAAUGGCGCGGAUUAAACGACCCCCAACAACUGUACCGCUUCCUCGGCCGUCACUUGCCAGAGAUGGUGCAAUUUUCAAAAAUCCUCUUGAGGGCCGUAUGCAGACAAAUACUAAUGUGGACCAAGAACCAAAUCAGCGAACCUCACCUAGGGACAUGGCCGAAGUGGCCUCACAGGAGAGAGAAGACCGAUUGAACUUGGAAUCUGGCAAUCAAUUCAAUAUGCGAACUCAACGCAACGAACUUGGUCAAUCUGCUUUCUUACUGUCCGACAAUUAUAAAGUCAUUGACCAAGCUGUCUAUGGCGGAGCUGGGACCGGAAUCCAGAAUGCACCCCUUUUCCUUCCAACUAAACACGCCGGACCAGAUAAUGAAGUGUCUUCCGCACGCCAUGAAGCUGUAUACGCACUCCAUAGCAACGGCUCAUCGUACCUUGGGUUGCCUGCCCGAGAAUUUUCAGCUGGACAAGCUCAUCUACAAAAUGAUUACGAUAAUCAUGGUGGAAGACCGUCUCUUCAGGCGGAGAGCGAGCCUUACUACAUUCAUCAACUGCAACGACAUUUUACGCCGUACGAGCCUUCACAUUACGAAGAUCACUUGAGAAGAAUUGAGUACGAGCAACUCGACAUACUUACUCGGGAGGAGGCAACCGCUGAACUAAAAGAUUUCCCACACAGCAAUAUACCUGAAAGAGAAGGAUACUUUUAUACGCCAGCAGAUGAUUAUAUCGGCAAUGUGUUCCAGCAUGCAGCACUCCGAGAUAGAAGAGCUAGGAGACAGUUACGAAGAGGGUCGACUGAUGGAAAUUGA